UUUCUGGUCAUCAAUGUAUGUGUUGAUCAUAUGUUUUUAUUUCCACCAUUCAUGGCAUUUAUGUCAUUCAAACGAAUAUUAAAUUCAGUUAUAACUAAAGCAUAUGAUUAUAAUCGUUAUUUUUUUGCCCGUAAUAUUCUAAUUAUUGAUACAAUGUUUUUGAUCAGUGGCCUAUUACUUUCGUAUAGUUUAUUACGGAAAUUGGCAAUUAAUCGUGGACGUUUUAAUUAUAUUGUAUUCACUGUACGUCUUUGGCUUAAAUAUUCGAUACCAAUGUUUUUUAUCAUAUUAUUAUUCUGGUUAUUACCAUUAACUGGUAAUGGUCCAUUAUGGAAUAUGGGUAUGAAAAUGUUGGUCGAUACUUGUAAAGAAUCCGAGAGUUUAUUAUCAAGUUUUUUAUAUCUAAGUAAUUAUCGUAUACGUGAUAAUCAAAAUGUAUUUAAUUUUGAUCAACGUUUUGCAUUGUGUAAUCCACCAACAUGGUUUUUAUCGGCAUUAUUUCAAUUACAAAUCAUUGGACCAAUAUUCAUAUUGGCUAUAUAUCAUUAUCAACGAUUUGGUAUUAUAUUGAAUAUUUUUAUGAUUAUAUUAGGUUGUUAUACAAGUAUAUUACCUGAUCAUUUAUUUGAUCAACGUACUUAUUUGGAUGGACCAUCAUUUUCAUCAUUGGAAGAAUUAACACAUUCAUUUGUUGCCUAUCAUAUGGGUGUUAAUCAAUAUUUAAUCAGUUUUUUUCUUGGUAUUCUAAUCGGUUUUCUAAUCAUACAACGACAAAUUCAAAUGAAUAAUAAUAAUAAUAAUCGUAAAAAAAUUGAUGAAAAAUUAUGGCUAAAACGUACAUUAUGGAUUAUUUCGAUUAUCGGUUUAAUAUUAUCAGUUUAUUGGUUUAUGACAUUACAUACGAUUAAUUUAGCACCAUCACGAACAUCAAUAUUAUUAUGGUUUUCAAUUGGUAAAUUAAUCGGUUGUUUAUCGAUUGCAUGGAUGCUUUAUGAACUUUGUAUUGGACAGGCAAUUAUAAUCGAAAAAAUUUUCUCCAUACGUUUAUUUCAAUUUCUUUCACGUUUAACAUUUGGUAUUUAUUUGUUACAUUUUCUAUCAUUAUCACAUCGUUUAUUUACCGUACGUGAUACAUAUGUAAUGACCGAUAAACUUUUGUUUGAAUUCAUUUUAAUCGAUUUUAUACAAACAUCAAUAAUGGCUGCCAUAUUCUAUGUAAUAAUUGAACGUCCAUUCAAUAAUCUUACUACAAUGAUUGUUUUCAAUAUUGCAACAAUGACAAACAACAAAUCAAAUUGCAAUGAUAAUGGUGAUCGAAUCGAUAACCGUAACCAAAUUUCUUCGGUUGAUAUCAUUAUCAAGGAUGGGAAAAAAUUUUCUCAAUUCAAUCAAAAUGACCAUGAUAAAAAAAUGGAUGAAAAUUGUCGACAACAAUAUCAAUCGACACAGCAUGUUGCAUCAUCAUCGUCAUCAACAUCGAUCAAUAAUCACAACACAUCGUUAUCAUUAUCACAUCAAAUGAUUAAAAUUGAAAUACAGGAUCUAAAAUUAACAUUACCACAGGUAAAUUUAUUUACAGCCAAUUGUGGUGAUCGUGAUUGUACACAAACAAAUACUUUUCAUCAUCAUCACCAUCAUCAUAAUCAUUGAUAUUUUUCGCAU